UUCGAACCUACGACCAAUCGGUUAACAGCCGACCGCUCUACCACUGAGCUACUGAGGAACAAUGGGAAAUUCUAUCUCAUAGAGUUCAAUUCCCGUUCUUAACCCAUGACCAAUACGAGCUCGAAGUUUUCUUCGUAACUUGUCGAACUUCUUCGCAGUGGCUCCGUUCCAUGCCUUAUUUCAUAGCGAACCUCAAAGUGGCCCUAUUUCAUUAUAUUCCAUCCAUAUACUAAUUCCAUUCAUUGAAUAUUCCUCUAUCUUUGGUGUCAUUGAGAUAAAAGAGAUGUCGUUUCUAGUCUUUCUAUUUCUAUAUAUAUAUAGAAAUAGAAAAGAAAAAAUUGAAAAAUUAUCAUAUAAUAAUCCAAAAAUUGCAAUAAUAAUCCAGAAAUUGCAAUAGAAAAGAAAAAAGAGGUUUGCGAUGAUUUUUCAAUCUUUUAUACUGGAUAAUCUAGUAUCCUUAUGCCUCAAGAUAAUUAAUUCGGUCAUUGUGGUCGGACUCUAUUAUGGAUUUAUGACCACAUUCUCCACAGGGCCCUCUUAUCUAUUCCUUCUUCGAGCUCACGUUAUGGAAGAAGGGACCGAGAAGAAAAUAUCAGCAACAACUGGGUUUAUUACGGGACAGCUCGUGAUGUUCAUAUCGAUCUAUUAUGCGCCUUUGCAUAUAGCAUUAGAUAGACCUCAUACAAUAACUGUCAUAACUCUACCGUAUCUUUUAUUAUAUUUCCUCGGCAAUAAUCAAAAAAACUUUUUGAAUUAUGUAUACAAGAAUCAAAAUUCAAUACGUCAUUUUAGUAUUCAAAGAAUAUUCUUUCAGAAUCUUUUUUUUCAGUUAUUAAACCCCUUUUUUUUACCAAGUUCAAUCUUAAUGAGAUUAGCGAACAUUUAUAUCUUUCAAUCAAACAAUAAACACUCAGAUUAUCACAAUACAAUGUCAGGACAUUAUGCAGGACAUUGUACUCUUUCAACAUUUGUUUAUCCAGAUUAG